AUGGCCGCUCACCACCAGACACUUCGCGAUAAACAAGUGGCUUCGAUUGAAACCAUCCUCAACCUCAACCAAAAGUCUCCCCAAAACUCGGAGCAUCAUGACUCCACGCCAGGGUUUCUACAGCCCAACUCCCCCAUACUGUCCGAGACGGGCGAGCCAAUAUGGAAGGUGUUGGUCUUUGACAACAUGGGCAAAGAUGUCAUAUCCAGCGUGCUGCGAGUGAGCGACCUUCGAGCUUGGGGAGUCACGAUCCAUCUAUCCAUCAACACCACAAGACACUCAAUACCCGAUGUGCCUGUCAUAUACCUUGUCGAACCCACAUCUGCCAACCUCCAAAUAAUAACGUCUGACCUCGCCCGCAACCUCUACUCUCCCGCCUACGUAAACUUCCUCUCUUCGAUUCCAAGACCUCUGCUCGAAGACUUCGCUUCUCAAACCGCUGCCUCUGGAACAUCAGAACACCUGGCGCAAAUAUACGACCAAUACCUCAACUUUGUCGUUUCCGAGCCCGAUCUGUUCUCGCUGUCCAUCGACGACGCGUACUCCAUCUUGAACAGCAUAAAAACCACAGACGAGGAGCUGGAUAUCACGAUCGAUCGGAUAGUCAACGGUCUCUUCAGCGUAGUCGUAACCCAUGGCACAAUCCCCAUCAUUCGGUGUCCCAAAGGAGGUGCUGCGGAGAUGAUUGCGGCCAAGCUAGACAGGAAGCUCAGGGAUCACGUUUUGAAUUCGAAACAAAAUCUCUUCUCUGGAGGCGACCAGAAGGCGACGUCUACUACGCGGCCAGUCCUCAUCAUUGUCGAUCGAAAUGUGGACCUCGUUGCCAUGCUGGGUCACUCGUGGACGUAUCAAUCUUUAGUGUACGACGUGCUGAAAAUGCAUCUAAACCGUAUCACAAUGGAAGUGCCCGUCGACGAAAGCAACCCGGCGAAAGGCACGCAAAAGAAGGCAUACGAUCUCAACUCGAACGACUACUUCUGGAGCCGGAAUGCUGGUGUCCCAUUCCCGCAAGUUGCCGAGGACAUCGACAUGGAGCUUACUAAAUACAAAGAGGAUGCCAAUGAUAUAACCAGGAAGACUGGCGCCUCAUCUCUGGAAGACUUGCAACAAGACUCCAGUACUAGCGCGGCGCAUUUGAAGGCUGCCGUCUCCCUAUUGCCAGAGUUGCGCGAGCGUAAAUCUACCCUCGACAUGCAUAUGUCUAUCCUGGGACAGUUGCUGAAAGGCAUCAAGGAUCGGCAAUUAGAUAAUUUUUUCCAGUUAGAGGAGAACAUUACCAAGCAAACGAAGGCACAAAUAAUGGAGCUAAUAAAAGACCCUGAAAAGGGUAAUGAGCCGCGCGACAAGCUGCGUCUAUUCAUCAUCUGGUAUCUGAGCACCGAACAAGAUGUCCCCAGGGCCGACGUGGACGGCUUCGACCAAGCGCUACAAGCUGCCGGUGCAGACACAACCUCAUUGAAAUACAUCAAGACUGUUCGGCAACUAACACGAAUGACGAUGAUUUCGUCAGCACCGACUCAGUCCGCGCAGUCGAAUUCAAACGAGCUAUUCCGUGGAUUUAGCAGUCUGUCCAGCCGCGUCACGGACCGCUUCAAGGAUGCAGGUCUCGGUGCCAACUUGGAAGGAUUGGUUUCUGGGAUCAAGAAUUUCCUCCCCGCAAAUAAAGACCUCACCCUAACGAAAAUCACGGAAUCCCUGAUGGACCCGCAGAAUGCCUCGUCGUCAGCGAUAUCGAAGACCGAAAAUUACCUCUACUUUGACCCUAGGUCUGCGAAUGCACGCGGCACUAUGCCUCCAGCUAGCCAGACGAGGAACCAGACUGGAAGCGCCGCGCGUGGAAUUGAAGCAAGCUUUGGACAGAGACGCCAGGGUUUCUCGGAAGCGAUUGUCUUCACAGUCGGAGGUGGCUCGAUGGAUGAGUAUGGGAACCUGCUGGAGUGGGCGAAGCGUACAAGUGCACCAACGGCCGUCCGGAGGCGGGUGGUGUACGGGUCGACUGAGUUGAUGAGCGCCCAGGAUUUCGUCACGAAUGAACUGACGAGGUUGGGCGCUGAAAGCUCAUAGAAGGAGACGGACGACGUUGAAAGAAAGUAGAUAUGAUAUGCAGUGUAGAAUAUUGACACUGAGUAAUGAGGAUCAAAUCCUGAGCUUCGGUUUUGCUCAUCGAGACCGCGGAGUUACCACAUGACAUUACAUCCAAAGUGAACUUAGACUUCACUGCUUGGCAGAGGCAGAACGAGACAGUAACCAGCAAUCAUGAGGUCCUGCAUAGCUUCAACUUCAAUGUCUU